GCCAAAACCGUUGUCCUUCGCGGGUCGAGAAUCCACCGACGAGCAACGCUUUGCUCCAUCUCCGUUGUCUUCACGCCGUUGCUCGAUCUCCGAUUUGCAGGACUCCACUUCUUUCAUUCUUUACAGCGUCCUUUCUAAAGGUUUUUCUUUUCUUUUUGUUCUAGGGCACCCAAAUGGAUAGUGGAAAUGUUGGUGAAAAUGGAAAUUGCUUGGAAUAUCAAUGGAAUGACAAUCUCCGUGGAUCUUCUUCUUUGAUUUUCUUGGGAACUGGUUGUUCUAGCGCGGUCCCGAACGCGAUGUGCUUGAUUCAACCCACCGAUCCGCCCUGCAAAGUUUGCACCCAGUCAUUUUCUGUUCCUGCCGAGCUUAAUCCCAACUAUAGGUGCAACACAUCUCUUCUUAUUGAUUAUUGCCAAAACAAUGGUGUACAUAGUUAUAUACUAAUUGAUGUUGGAAAGACCUUUAGAGAGCAAGUACUUAGAUGGUUUACUCGCUAUAAGAUUCCUCGAGUGGAUUCCAUAAUUUUGACCCAUGAACAUGCUGAUGCAGUCCUUGGUCUGGAUGAUAUACGUGCAGUACAACCAUUUAGUCCUACAAAUGAUAUUGAUCCUACUCCUAUUUACCUUACUCAGUUUGCAAUGGACAGCAUUGCAGUGAAAUUCCCAUAUUUAGUUCAGAAAAAACUGAAAGAAGGACAAGAAAUUAGACGAGUUGCACAGCUUCGCUGGGAAAUUAUUGAAGGCCACUAUGAUAAGCCAUUUGCUGCAUCUGGCCUACAGUUUGUUCCUCUUCCAGUAAUGCAUGGAGAGGAUUAUGUUUGCUUGGGUUUUCUUUUUGGUCAGAAAUCUAGAAUAGCAUAUGUAUCUGAUGUUUCACGUUUCCCUGCAAGCACUGAAUAUGUAAUUUCGAAGACUGGAGCUGGACAGUUGGAUCUUCUUAUCCUUGACACAUUAUACAAGACAGGAUCACAUAAUACCCAUUUUUGCUUGCCUCAGACUCUUGAAGCUGUAAAGAGGCUUUCUCCAAAACGAGCACUGUUCAUUGGGGUGACCCAUGAGUUUGAUCACCACAAAGACAACGAGGCCCUUAGGGAUUGGUCUAGAAGAGAAGGAAUUCCUGUUCAGCUUGCUCAUGAUGGUCUGCGAAUCUCCAUAGAUCUAUAAUGAGGUCAAAUGUGCAAGACAUACAACUAAAUUUUCCUCUCGGUAGGAAAGGAGAAAACAAAUACUUGUUAGGUUGCACCCAUUUUUUUGCUCUUGGUAUAUCUAAUCGAAAUGAUGAAAACAAUUCAUGAAGUGAUGGCAGAAAAUGCUGGAUUGUAGAGGAAAAUAUAUACAGCAUAAGCAGAGAAGGGGACCACAAUGGUAUUGCCAAAUAUUGUCAAUCCAUGAUGCAUGGACACUUGUUAUAAACUUUCUUUCUUUUUCUUUUCUUUUGUCUGGUCUUAUCUAAUUUUCAUCUGAAAGAGAAAUUUAUCGAGCCCAAGCACAGCAAUGUAAUUUGUCAGUGCCUGUAUGAGUUAUAAUUAAACCUGAAGGAAUUGUUGUGAAGUUAUUGACAGAUGACAGAUCCUCUGCUUGAGAAAAUGCUCUUGGUUAAUUUAAAUAUUCUGUGUAAUCUCAACAAACUUGGACAAAGCAACCAAACAUGGGCCUAUCCAUAUCAUCAUGACAGAACGGAGUUGCUUUACCAAUCAAAUAGUUGCGCAUUUUUAAAGGA